AUGUGCGCCCGCGCGCCCGCCGCCGCCGCGCUCUGUUCUCUCGCCGCGCUCGCAGCUCUCGUACCGAUCGACAGUGUCGAUGGAUUUGAGUGUACCAGAGACGGUCUCCACACAGACUAUGAUCAAAAUUGCCAAAAAUAUGUACGUUGCAGCAAUGGUGCAGUAACCGGUAAAUAUUCGUGCCCUGACGAUCGGGUGUUCAGUGAAGCCGAGGGUGCAUGCGUACCGCGGGCUCGACGACCCUGCGUGCGUCGGGAGUGUACGUCCACAGAUACACUUGCAUACGCAAGCCCUGGCACAGCUUGUCGGCAGUAUUACCGAUGUGAAAAUGGUACAGCGAUAGAACGCAGCUGUCCUACGGGAGCAUGGUUUGACCUGGAACGCCAAGCAUGCACUCGCGGCGCCGGCACCUGCUUCGAGCCGGUGUGUGCGGGGCUACCGGACGGAGAGUACCCCGACGCGUCGCACGGCUGCCGGCGCACGCUGCGCUGCCGCGGCGGGGAGCUGCGCGCCGUGGCGUCCUGCGGGCCGCGCUACGCCGCCGUCUGCCCGCCGCCGCGCGCCGCUGCAGCACCGUUGCCGGCCGGUGACGCAGACUUCUGUUCCGAUGAGACUUGUUCCUCGUUGUGCCGUGACAUACCUAACGGGGCGUACGCAGAUCGCACGACCAGCUGUCGCGAGUAUUUUGUUUGUGAAGCGCAUCGAGUCAUCCGGCGCGGAGUGUGCGAGCCCGGCCUCUUGUUCACUAACGGUGCAUGUGAGCCAGCGGCACAGUCAUUGUGUCCGCCACCCGCACUGAGCCCGUGCUUCAACAGGCACGACGGCCUGCACAGAGACUGGAACGACUGCGCCUCCUGGUUCGAGUGCAGACGUGAGCAAGUAGUGAAGCGCGGCUCAUGUGCACCAGGAUUCGUGUUCGAUGGCAAUGGUUGCACUCCAUCCGAUAAUUUUCUUUGCGAUGGCCCAGCGCUGUCUAUACAAUGUGAAGGGCUUCCGAGUGGCACUUACCAAGAUCUGGACUCCAAUUGUACUCGUUACUUCCACUGCGAAGGUUUACACCGAACCACGCUAGCCUGUCCGCCGGGGCAGGUGUUCGAUGGCGUAAGCUGCUUGCCAGCGUCACAUUACCUGUGUCCAAGUCUAGAACGCGAGUCGUGCUACGGACGACCGGACGGACGAUACCGUGCUGCAGACACGGGCUGCAGGGGCUACUACGAGUGCGUGCGCGGGGAGAAAUCUAUCUACGCGUGUCCUACAGGCCUUGUGUUUGAUGGCGAGUCUUGUGUUCCAGCGAAACCUGGAUUGUGUAAGCGAGAAGACCAUUCGUGCGACGGCCUCUCGAAUGGCUAUCACGCAGAGGUCGAGUCAGGAUGUCGAAGGUACUUUUACUGCGAGCGCGGCGACCGGCUGGUGACCCUAUCGUGCCUGGGCGGGAAGACGUUUGAUGGUCGCGCGUGCGUGAAAGAGUCGGAGAUGUCGUGCGGCGGGGCGCGGGGGCCGGAGGAGGGGGCGCGGUGCUCGCGCGACGGGUUCUUCGUGCAGGCCGGGUCGGCCUGCCGCCGGUACUACUUCUGCGUGGGGGGGGCGCGCACGGCGCUGGCCUGCGCCGCCGGCCAGCGCUUCAACGGCCAGCUGUGCGUCCCGCGCGCGCAGUACUCGUGCCCCGGCUGAGCCGCGCCCGCCCCGCCCGCCGCACUGGGCUCGCUCACGAUGUACCUGAUUCUAUUUAUUCGAGGCUGUGACCCACAGGGACCCGCCGCCCGGGCCCCGCCGCCACGAGCGCUAUGAUCACACCAGUCCACCACAACUACCUCCUACUUGACAAUAAGACACGAUUACUUCUUACUUUUUAUUGGCAUAGAAACUUCAAGCGACCUAGAUACUUCUAAUAGUAAUUACACAUUGACUAUAUAUUACAGUAUUACUUUACAAACGAAUAAUAAGCUCCAUGAAUAGAAAAAUAAAAUCUCUUUUAACGACAUAAAAGAAUAGUUAAUUUAUUUAUUUAUAUUAAAUAUUAAUAUUAUAAUAGAUACUUCCUCGACCUUAAAUUAAUACAGAUUAUAAACGAAUCCUCGCCAAAAAUAUAUCGAAUGAUAAUAUUUGUCAUAUUGGAGGAUUCACUACGUUCUAAGACCACUAUUUAAGUCCUUCAAUACAAAAAAUAUUAUCACCAAGUUAAAAAUAGUUUUACACUUUAAAGUAUAUGAUAAUUAAUAAACGAAACAUAAACAAACAAACGUAUUGUAUUAACGUGCAAUAUUCGUAAAUCUGUUGAAUAUAAAUAAGUAUCUAAAUAAUUUUGGCAUUAUUCAUAAAUAGGAAAGCAUUUCUAAAUAAUGUACAUAGUAUAAUAUUACGUAUUUAAUAAAGAUUUUAAGUUUAAAUUUCCGUGUAUAUUAUUUAUAUGGUGGGGUCUAGCGAGAACGUCAUAAUUACGGAGACGGAAUUGUAUUAUAAUAUACGGCAUUAUUUUAUAAUUUACCUAGAAAUGUUAAAAAGAUCAAGUGACGCAUGACGUCACAAAUAUCCGUAUCCAUGACUAUCUCGACCUAAACACCAACCAGUAACACUAACAUUUAUUUUAUACAUUUUUAUACAACACUCAAUUACAUAAUUUUUAAACGUUUUUUUUUUCUGACCUACUCGGACACUUUUAACGAUUGUUUUACUACAUUUAUACAAGACCUUUUUAUAUAAAUUUUCAAUUGGUCCACGCCAGAUUAAUGACAAGAUUCACUUGCACGAUUUCGAAAGGAAAUUUAUAAGAUAUCAACAUGGUGAAAAUACGGGCGCGGCCAAUCGGUGCGUUCAAAAGCUAAGCACUAAUGCGUAAGGACAGCACUAUUUAUUCGUUGAAAAUAUUGCAAAUAAAAGAAAAAAUACUUAAAAGAGUGAAUCGACACAGAAAAAGCACCUUUCCAUUAAAUUCCCGAUUAGAUCGUUACUUUUCUAUACAAUAAUAAUGUCGAUAAAUGAGAGUGCACAUCACUGUUUUACAUAAGGGGUAAUUCAUAUAUAAUAUUUAUUGUCAGAUUCAAUAGUUUAAUUAAAUAGGCAAAGUACAUACAUUUUUAACGACAACCGUACCUUGUAACGCAUACUUAAUAAAUUAAUAUGCAAUUGGCUCGAUUUACGAAAAUAUUAUAUUUAAAAAUAAGACAUUAAACAAGACUAUUCUUAAC